AUGGCUUCCUUCGAACAGCGGCGGAGGGACCGACUGGAGGCCCUCAAGGUCUCCAAGGAGGAGGUGAUCAAGUCCAUGUGGGAACCGCAAAAGCGCGCUCCCGAAGGCUGCCUUAGGGUUGCCGUGUACAACAUUCUCGCGGACUCGAUGUCCGACGAUGGUUUCCUGGUUCGGCCCGUCCUAGCUGACUGGCCUGCUGGCAAAGGCGCAGUUCCGACCAAGGAUGGAGGUCCGGUGCCUUUUGGCCAGCUGCUUGCAGACAUGCUGGACGCCAAGGGCAAUGUUGAGAAGUUGCAACAGUGCCAGGAGAAGUACAACCUUCCUGAGUCCAAGGCGAACACCCACGCCACCGUUGACUGGAAGGCACGAUUAUAUCAGAUGAUGUGCUUCCUGGAAUGUUUCUCACCGGAUAUCCUCGUCUUUACCGAAGUGGACCACUACGAUGACUUUGUGGUGUCCUUGCGCGAGCUUGGACACUCGGCCGCCCAGACCACACCGCUGCCGUUCAACUGCCCCUAUCAAUUCAGCAACAUCAACACCGUGACAGAAAGUAGCAAGCUUUGUACCAUUUAA